UCGACACUUCCACCACAUGUUUGUCCAUCUUCGUUUCAAAUUUCGUGAAAUUUACUUUUGUGGAGAAAAAUCUCUAAAAAAUCGUUUAAGAUGUGGAUCGAGAUGCGAUCUGUUUGUUUUCUGCCGUGAGCUGUUUCACCUGUUUCCUACUGCUUUGUAUGGUAUACAUAGAAGCGCUUAGAGGAAAUUUGGAUGAGAGGGUGACUGACAGGGUUUUGUAUGAUAUUUUGAUUCAAGCUGGGAGGAUUGUAGAUUUACAUAUUCCUCGCGACAAGGAAACUAAUAAGCCCAAAGGUUAUGCCUUUGCAGAGUAUGAAACUGAAGAGAUUGCAGAUUACGCUGUCAGGCUUUUCUCUGGCCUUGUAAUUAUCUACAAUCGGACAUUGAAAUUUGCGAUUUCUGGACGAGACAGGCCCUCACAAAAUUUACCCACAACAUCAACUCCUGCUUUAAAUUCUUCUCACAAACCAAGGCCUCAUCCUGUGACAGUUGAAAAUAUGGAAAAUUCUCAUAGCUCAAGGUUGUCACGACCAUAUAGGGUUUCAGCUGUAAAUUACUCCCAAGUGUCAGUUCCUGCUGGUGUAACACACCAAUCUAAUGGGUAUGGUUCAAAUUUCAAUGCCACCAAUUAUAAUUACAGUCAAAGAGUUUUUGGGGCAACAUUGGAUAGCAUUAGUCAUACUAGUUCAGACCGUUACAAUAUAAAUAGCCCAAUUGCAUACCCCUCUUACUGAAGCAUCUUAUAUAAACUCAAGCGAAAGUACUCUCAAGGCAGACUAGUGUUAUGGUGGUUGUAUUAUUUUGUUGAUAGAUGUCUCUUGCUCCGUUUGUGUUGUGUUCAUGUAGCUAGAUUGGACUAGUAGUGAUAUUUCAUGUGCUUAUUUAAUUGUAGUGUUUCU